CUCGGGCACCGUCAGAGACGGGCAGCGGGAGGAGGAUCCUUUCUCCUCGAGAUUAACCGAACAAACCCCGGAGACCGAUGGAAGGAACAACGGCAGCAGCCCCAGGAGAACACAGCUCAUUUAACGCGACUGGCGUGAAACAGGGAACGUAACCGCUGACUGUAAACCUCAACACGCACACGUUAACGUUAACGUUACUCUUUCUCCAUCUCCACCAUUUUGGUUGUCAGUGAUGGAGCACAUCCGGACGCCCAAGGUGGAAAAUGUGCGGCUCUUGGACCGGUCGUCGGGCCAGAGGAAGGCCAGCACCGGGACUCUGUACCUCUCUGCCACGCACACCAUCUUUGUAGAGAACAACCCUGAGACACGCAAGGAGACGUGGGUGUUGCACAGCAUGGUGAGCAGUGUGGAGAGGCCGCCCACCAUCCCCGCAGGAAGUCAGCUGAUCCUGCAUUGUAAAGACUUCCGCGUCUUCCAGAUCCUCAUUCCGCACGAGAGAGACUGUUUGGACAUCCACACCUCAUUGGUCAGGUUGUCUCGACCAGAGAAGUACAGUGAGCUGUACUGCCUGUCUUUUAAUCCUAAUGUCAACAAAGAGGAGAGAGAAGAGUCGUGGAACUUCCUGGACCUCAUGGCGGACUACAAGAGGAUGGGAGUUCCUAAUAACCUGUGGGUCGCUACGGCGGCCAACAGCGAAUACAGGGUGUGUGAUACGUACCCAUCAGAGCUGUUUAUUCCAAAGUCGGCCACACCCGCCGUCAUCGUGGGCAGCUCAAGGUUCAGGAGUAGAGGACGAUUUCCUGUUCUGUCCUACUUCCACCAGGACACACUGGCAGCGGUGUGUCGGUGUAGUCAGCCACUGUCAGGCUUCAGUGGACGCUGUCAGGAGGAUGAGAUGAUGCUGCUGGCUAUAAUGAAGUCCAACCCAGGUAGUGACUACAUCUAUGUGGUGGACACCCGGCCCAAGCUGAAUGCCAUGGCAAAUCGAGCAGCAGGUAAAGGCUAUGAGAAUGAGGACCACUACACCAACAUCAAGCUGCAGUUCAUUGGUGUCGAAAACAUUCACGUAAUGAGGAACAGCCAGCAGAAAAUCAUCGACGUUGGCGAGAUGAGAUCUCCGUCCAUGACUGACUUCCUGUGGGGUCUGGAGAACUCUGGCUGGCUCAAACACAUUAAAGCCAUACUGGAUGCCGGGGUCUUCAUAGCCAGGGCAGUUGCUGAUGAAGGUAUCAGUGUGUUAGUCCACUGUUCAGAUGGCUGGGACAGGACGGCCCAGGCCUGCUCUGUAGCCAGUAUACUGUUGGACCCAUUCUACAGAACCAUCAAAGGAUUCAUGGUUCUGAUAGAGAAAGACUGGGUUUCCUUUGGACACAAGUUCUCCCACAGGUAUGGCCACCUGGAUGGAGAUCCUAAAGAAGUGUCUCCUGUCAUUGAUCAGUUCCUGGAGUGUGUGUGGCAGCUGUCCGAGCAGCUCCCAUGUGCCUUUGAGUUCAAUGAACGCUUCCUCAUCACUAUUCACACGCACGUCUACUCCUGUCAGUAUGGCACCUUCCUGGGAAACUGCCAGAAGGAAAGCAGAGAUAUGAGGUUUCGUGAGCGGAGUCACUCGGUGUGGCCACAGCUGUGGAAGGACAGAGCCGAGUACACCAACCCUCUGUACAAGGCCGAUCUGAGCCAGAGUCAGGGGGUCCUGAGACCCAACACCACCCCCUACUGCUUCAAAAUGUGGAAGGGUCUCUAUAACCACAUGGAGAAACUAACGCCUCCUCGCCAGUCACCUGCCGACUUCCUGUGCGCCGUGAGGGAGGAGUCCCAGCAGCUGGAGAAGGAGCUCACCAAUCACCAGGAGAGGAUAGCAGCCCUGACAGGGAAACCAAUCACGUGGGAGAAGAUCGAAGUUCCGAGGAGGAGGAUGAUUAGCCACCUGCGGCAGAGACACUGCGGGCCGGACCCGCCCAGCACUUACACAAACCCAUUCGCCAGCCCUGCAUCGGUCAACGGUGAUGCACACUCCUCUGAACCAGUCAGUCAGAAGGCUCAGACCAAGGACGCCACUCUCACCCUGUCUCUAGGACUUUACUCUCAUCCCAAGAGUCACAACCCCGACGACUUCUCCACCUGCAGCGACCUAGAGUCGGGCGUGGCUGACCUCAGCAGCCGCUCAUCCAGCAGCGGAGAGAACGGCAAGGACCCCUACAUAGAUGAGGCUGCCUUUACUACUGCCUGACUGGAAAAAAGAAACCCUUGCUGAGGUGAAAGAGGAAAUUAUUGUUCUUAUAGUAGAUCUACAAAAAUAUUUAUUCAGACACCUGGAGGGGGAGGGGAGGCUGCUGGUUGGACGUUGUCUCUUGCUUUCUAGGAGAUAACUGCAGCUUGUCUCAUUCCUUUUUGGUCUAAAGGGAGAAACCUCACUGGCUGUUUACCAGUUCACCUUUUUGACAAAGGCACUGGAAGAAGCAAAAAGUAAUUUGACUUAUUAUUUUUUUGCAGAGGGCCAGAGAGGCAGUGUUUGUUUUUGUUUUUUAUACAUGGAUGCUGUUUUUAGGUGGGCUCAGUUACUGUCAUUUGUAUUUUGUUUAAGGAAUGCACUAUUACUACUGUGUGAUGGACAAAUGAUACAUGGAUCCAGCCUGAAAUAAUGCACGAUGCAGGCUCGAAGAGGGCAGUGAAAAUAUCUGAGGAAACACUUGCAUUUACAGAGAGUAGAUCAAACACACUCACUAAACUGCUUUCCAUAUUUAUCAUCAAACACUUCUUCUCUUCAAGCAAAGCUAAAAAUACAAAAUCAUGGAAGAUUUACCAACAUUAUUUAUUUACCUCCAGUCUUCCUUCAGUGUGAAUGCAUUAUGAUACUAGUAAUAAUUUAUUUUUCUCCCAAGGUAUUUCUUUGUAGGUCCAGCAGAUAUCAUACUAAAUCCACCUUUUCAUCUCUUCUCAACCUAAAUAUGUGUCCCCAGUGUGACUAAAGACCCCCAAACCUUUCUCUUUUUCUCCUGCUCAGUCUUUCAGUAAAUAUCAAUCCAAACACGCUGUUUAAAUUUGGCUCCCUUCAUAACAUCACAGAGGGAUCUGCAUAGCAUGGCACCUCCUCCAGCUCUCCAGUGGAGGUCGUUCAGUAUGUCACGCAGAAAGUGCUUUUACGGUUAUGAAGGAAAGGUAAAUGUUUUCUGGUUCUGCCUCAACUCAGUGAUUUAUGGAGUUUCCUGGUGGACAGUUAGCUUUACUUGUUGCUAACACUGCAGUAACCGCUAUCUACUGCUAACUGUAGCUGCCGUUAACAGCUGACUCUGUCCGCUCCCGGUAGUCUAAAGCUCCUUUACUAACGAAGCACCAAGCUUCCAGUCCUGACAGUCAGUAUAGGACGGCUAGCUGCAUGGCUAACUUAGCAAACUAGCUAGUUCCUGCACCCUCUGAAAGCUUCCGACAAGUUGGCCAAUCAGAAGAAAGUGGGCUUUUAGGGAGGCGGGCCAUUAAAGCAACAACAUUAAAGCAUGCAGAUAUUUUCUUGUAGAAACCCAAAAUAAAAACAUGAACCUGAAAAUGAGCAUAAUAUGGGACCAUUAACUUUAGACACACUGGAAGCAGCAGACAUGAUCUAAUUAAUUGAGUUGUGUUUGAGGGUUUUUAGAUGUGGACAGUCUUCAGCCUGAUCAAGCUGGAGAGUUGCUGCUAGGUAAAAUGUCAAAUCUUGUGUAAUUAUGUAGAAUAAACACUGGGAGGCCAAAGAGCGACCGCCAUCUGCUUCAUGUUUACAUGCGCAUGCCCAGUUCACCUGAACGGGUCCUAGCUGUGUGUUUUCAGUCGUGUUAAUGUAGAUGGAGAUCAACUCAAAAAACGCCGCGGAAACGCUGGUGUGGACGGAGAUCGUAUUUGUUUUAAUUCUCCAUUUGUAAACUAAAACGGAGUAGCGUGGAUGGGUCCAAAAUCUGCUCAGUCCCUCAUGACUUGAACUUAGAAGAAACCUUGUCUUCUGUUGUCAAGUUUUUAACUUCUCUAAAAUAUCAUAUCAUUCCAUAAAGCAAACAUUUGCCGCUAAGGGUCAGUAUUUAAGUUUUGAGAGUUCAAAUAAACUCAGUUCAGAUUAGAAACUGGAAGCAAAUACGUCACAGAUUUACAGUCUAAAUGGAGAUUUCUUAAAGCACUAUGAACUACUGGUCAUUACCAAGAAUGGGAAUCAGCAAGAACAAAAUGUGAACAGAAAUAUUAAUGUUGGAAUACAGUAUUUUCUUUUGUCCAUUUGUGUGCAAUAUAUUUUAAAGCCAUUUAUUUUAUGUUAUGUUUCAGUAUAACAUUCUACAAGGAUAAUAUUUUUCCUCAGACCAAUUGAGUCAUUCAGAUGAGAAAGUUUCAGAUGUCAUUAUAUAGACUUUGUUUAACUGACACUAAUGAAGCCAUUGUUGAUGAAUAGUCAGUGAACAAAGCUGAAUUUUGAUCUGCAGACUUCCUGCAUUAUAUAAACUAUGUUUUGAUGUGAA